AUGGCGUCAUCGAUGGUGAGGAAAACCCUAAAACCCAUCAAUUCUCACGCCCUCAGAACUCUUACCUCCACCACCCGCCAGCUCAGCAUCUCUUCGGCCGCCGGAAAAUCUGAAGACGACCCCUCAUGCUUCGCCUUUUCCUCCGACGUCCUCGACCGUCCGAAACCUUCCGACAAUUGCGGUGGAGAUGACACACUGUACAUCAAAGGCCCCCAAAAAACGACGUCAUCGUCUUCAUCGUCCGUGACAAUGCCGAUGUCAUUCAUGACCGGUUCCAUCGUCGGUAAGCGGUUCUACCAGAAGGUGACGACGAGAGAAGCUGAUGAUGGGAUUGGGUGGAGCGUGAUGCUCGAUUACAGGACCCUCAAAACCCCUUCGAAGCGAAAUCUUAAGUGCCCUACUUUAGCUCUUGCCAAAGCUAUUGCAGCUGAAUGGGAGUACCAGCAAACAGAUGGGAUAAGACCCUUUACAAUGCCUCUGAUGAAGCUGGCAUGUACUGCAUUGGAAAGAGUACCGGUCACUAGGCCAAAGAUAAUUGAAAAUUUGAUGAGAAAAUUCCAUCAAGAUCUCAUUUUUUGUCGUGCUCCAAGGGACAAUGAUCUAACAAAAGAUCUCCGAGAGCUUCAAGUGGAAAAAUUCGGACCUCUUAUUAAAUGGGUAGAAUCAGAAUUCGGGUACAAACCCGUUGUGUACACGAGCUUCUUUGGUGGCAAACAGGAGGAUGGUCUUGUCAAAGCCGUUGAGAACGUUCUUAAGAAGACGGAUGACUGUGAACUGGCUGCAAUUGAUGCAAUUGCUGCAGCUGCUCACUCAUUGAUAAUUGCAAUCGGAAUUUUUCGUGGCCAGUUGAGCAUCGAGCAGGCGAUUGAGUUGAUUAGGCUGGAAGAAGAUUUACAGGUUGACCGAUGGGGUUUGGUUGAAGGAGGUCACGAUGUUGAUAUUGCCGAUCUUAGAGUCCAAAUUUCAUCCGCUGCUGUCUUUCUAGGACUUUCAAGGAAAAACUAG